CUCGCUUUCCUGGUUCAAAGCCAUAUCAGAUGUCGAAGAGCGUGGUGCUGUAGGAGGCGAACUAGCGUGGUUACACAUAAAUUUUGUUUUUCUUCUCUUCUCGACUCCUUCGGGGUUCUUCAACCUGUCUAACCUUCUCGACAACGACACCUCUGACAAUGAUUUCCUUCCCUCCGUAUCCCCUGAUCAUCUCUUGUCUGAUGGUGGCCUGGGUCUUGCCAUUGACUCAAAGUACAGAUAUCGAUUUCGUGUACCACAAUUACCAAAGUAUGACAUCUGUGCUGCAUCAACUGGCUAAUGAGUAUCCACAAUUAACGAAGUUGUACUCAGUUGGUAAAUCCACUCAAGGAAGAGAAUUAUGGGUUAUUCUGGUAACAAGCGACCCACAAGAAGAACCAUUAUUUAAGCCCAAUGUUAAAUAUGUUGCAAAUAUGCAUGGAAAUGAGGCUGUUGGACGGGAACUGAUGCUUCACCUUACAUCCUAUCUCUUGAAAAAUUAUGGAAAAGAUGAUUACGUGACAUGGCUGAUGGAUAAUACGCGUAUUCAUAUUAUGCCGUCUAUGAACCCCGAUGGAUUUGAAGCAUCUGUCGAAGGUCAAUGCUCUGGUGUUCAAGGAAGAAAUAAUGCAAAUUCUCUGGACCUGAAUCGAAAUUUUCCGGACUAUUUCGCUGGAAAUCACGAUUUUCCCCAAGCUGAGACCCUUGCAGUUAUAGACUGGCUAAAAAGGACACAGUUUGUUUUAUCUGGAAAUUUGCAUGGAGGAGCAUUGGUUGCUAGCUAUCCCUUCGACAACAUACCAGCCAACUCACCAAAGGGUUUCCGAAGUAUUGGAAGUCCAUCUGUGACUCCAGAUGAUGACGUAUUCCGGCACUUGGCUCAAACAUACUCCUUCAACCACAAAAAUAUGUAUAUCGGAACCGCCUGCAGAGAUGGCAGCCCACCAUUUGCUAAUGGUACCACGAAUGGCGCUGCAUGGUAUGCUUUGAAAGGAGGAAUGCAAGAUUAUAACUAUGUAUGGGCCGGAUGCAUGGAAAUAACUUUAGAGAUAUCAUGUUGUAAAUACCCUAAGUACCAUCUCCUUCCAAAGUUCUGGUCAGAUAAUCAAAAGGCCUUGUUGCAGUAUCUAGGAGAAGCUCAUCAAGGAGUAUGGGGUCAAGUGACAGAUCCAGACAAGAACCCCGUCUUCAAUGCAUCCAUCGACGUGAAAGGGAGAAAAUUCGGUUCAAGAACUACACGGCGAGGAGAAUAUUGGCGUAUUUUACGCCCAGGAACCUACACUAUCCAAGCGCAAGCUGAAGGUUACGAUCCUGUCGAAGUCACUUUUCCAGUAGCCAAAGGGGUCACAAUACAAAAUAUUACCUUAUAUCCGCAAGCGUCUACGUAUUAUGAGCCAAGAAGUGAUUAUACAUCAGUGCGUAAUUCCUUCCCCUCUACACAUAAUACGGCAUCGUCCAUUAAAGGAGUCUGGCCUACAUUUACGGUAAAUGAAACAGUCACUACUUUAUCCCCCUUUCCACUUCCAAAAUCUUUGAAUCCCAAUACCACAUUCAUGCUUGAUGAAACUGAAUCGACCAUCAACACAACAAUGGAAGAAGAUUCAACCCGCAACGCUACUUCCGGUUACAAAAAUUUUUAUUUAAGUAUCGUAGGCGAUUUACAUUCGAAUUUUGCGUCUGCUGCAAUGCCCAUUAAUGUUUUACAUCAGUUAUUGCUUGAAAUUGUGUUGCUUUGGAAGCUUAACUUCUUGAGAGGUGUUAUUUAAUUAAAAUACACAUUUUUUUCCUAUGUGAAUCUUUUUUAAGAUAAUUAGUGAAGGAUUUUUCAUUCUACCUGUCCCACCGAAUAUGUUUAUCGAAAUUAAAAAGGAAGAUUCAAGAAACAGAAAUAUUAAAAAUAUAUGUAUCGGUUUAAGUCUUCGAAUUAUUUUUAAAAAUAUGCGCAGUUUCUUUCGCACUGCUCUAAAGAUCUUGUAAUUUAUUAUCAUUGAUUUUCAAAAUAAUUAACAUUGUAGACAGACUUUUCAAAUGUAAAUAUCUCCUAUGUUCAAAGUCUGGCACAAAUAAUUAAUAAACAUUACCAUAAAUAAAAAAAAGUUGAAUAAAAAGGACAUGACUUGAAAAUAUGCAGCAUAAAAACAAACUGCUUUUUACAGCAUGUGUUAAAAGGCAAAUUCAAGCUAAAUUUUAUAGAAUUAACACAUACACAACACAGAUAUUGAAGUUGGAGGACUAGCUGCUCCAUUCUGAAUUAGACAUCUGAUAUCAGUAAUUGUAUCUUCUGUUCUUCAUUGACCAGUACAAGUCUCAUAAAGAAACCUUACCUUUAACGUUACACUAAUUCCAGGUACAGCAUUAUUAUCUGAUAAAACAGGCGAGAGGAAGUUGGUGGGUUGCGAUUGGUGGAUUGGCCAGUGCCACAUUAUUUUUUGCAGGUCAAAAUUUAAUUUUUUACAGAUUUCAACUAUUUGGAAGAAAUAUUCGCCAUAGUAGCAGAUAACAGAAAUAUUGGUUAUUACAUUUAUUCCGGAUUUUAACCUUAAGUGUAAUAACCUUUUAUCACAAUUUUUAAUUUUCUGCUACAUUUUAACAAACAGUCUUUUACUGCGAUACAACGAAAAUAGUGCAUUAAUUACUGAAUGCAAACCAUAAAAUAUUUGCUGUGAUUAAUCGAUUUUCACACUCUAGAUUAUUGCGAUAUCAUAGAUUUUGUUACUUUUUAUUCAUCCAGUUAUUGUACAGGUACAUAUUUGUAAAUGUGACAUAUUCAUAAAAUUAAUAAAAUCUCAUAACUAUUUAUAUCUCAGUAGUACAAAAUACCAAAUUUCUUUAUUGCACAACUGUUUUUAUACUUGUGGUUUUUAUGUUCUUUGCAUGACUGUGGUUAUGUUAUACACUGUUAACUUUUCUCUUUCAACUAAAGAAAUACUUUUUAUAAAUAUAUUGUUUUUUAAAUUGCAGGUGUAAAUAUUCUUUGAUUGUUUUAUUGUGUUCACAAUUUAUGUACUCGUAAUUCAACUUCAGUAUUACUAAUUUUAUCCUGAAUUUCUUUUGUUUAACUUGAAUCAUUUGUAUUUAAUUCAUUAAAAUUUCUUUUAAUAGAGCACGCUGAUUUUUUUUCUUUGUUUGUUUGCAAACAUGCAUGUUUUGGUGUCGGUCUUAAUGCUUAUUAACAAUUUCCGUGUAAAUUAUAUUUUGCAUGUUGUAACACUUUUUGUUGGUGUCUUUUGUACUAAUAAACAUAUUCUGAGCUCUUU